UUAGUGAAUUAUUUUGGAUUGACUCAUGGCGAAAUUACUUAGAGGGAAACUGAGUCUAGAGUUUAAGCUUACUGGAAAAUAUAUGGUCACAAUUGGACUACUGAUGGCCCUCAUUUUGGCAAGAUGUAGUGCACUCGAUAGUUCUAUGGGUAAAACUAACGGUUUAUUAAUAGUGAGAACAGGCCAAACUGGAUUAAGGAUACAGACUAAUGCUCCUGUGCUUACUCAGAACCAAAGCAGUGAGGAAGAGGAUGUCGCUGUAUUAGAAUCAGGUAUAAUCGGAAUUAUAUGGGAUGCAAUUAUGUGGCUUUUGACGAUCAUUUGGAAGGUAUGGCAUAAGUUGUUAUGUUAAAUCUGAUAAUUCAUUGGAACUUGUAUGACUCGGUGAGAAAAUUUGGGCGAUCAUUUUGAUAAUCCCAUGGUGGUUGGUGCUAAAAAUUACACUUGUACUCCUCGUCGUUGCUCUUAUAACUAUAGUUGUGGGGUAUUUCGUUAUGAGAAUUUGGCUAAAGCACAGGCAGUCUACGAAUUUUAAUUACAAUAUUUUUGAUGACCCAGAACUAUCAGCAAUGGAUAAAUUAUCAUUAAGAAAUCUGGUCAUGGAAAUUCCUUCUAGUUUGAAUAAAUUGAUAUCCUCUUGUAAAGGAUCAGCCCAGCUUAACGGACUGCAGGUUAUUUUUAAUCAGGCCCCAGGAAGAACACUCGCUGUUAGGCUGAACUCCUCAAUCGGACAAUGCAGACAUUACAAACAUUUUGAGAUAGAUUUAGUAGAAAAUUCAGAUGAUUCUGCUGUGUAUAUCGGCUUAUGAGAGAAGCAAAACUUUGAUAAUGACAAGUUUCCAGAGAUUACUGAUACAACUGUAAUUUUUGAUGGAGCCACUGGCUAUGUCCAGGUCGGACAGAAAAAUAAAUAAAUUUAACUACCAGAUGAAAUAUUUCGCAGAUGUAGGAGGCCUCCUCUUAUACAAAGACUUUGAAGAUUCUGAAGAUAGAUAAGAGGUAGUUCCUACAAAUAACGGAACUCUUUAUCAUAACCUUGAAAUGCCUGAUGAAAUUCAGUCACGAAAGACUUUUCUGAGCAAGCAUUAUAAGAACUAAAAGAAAUCGAAGACCAAAGCGGUGGACAAGAAGGAGGAUAAAGAGAAAAAGAGGAAGAAGGAAAUGAUAAAGCAUAAGUUGUUCAUACCAAAUCAUAAAGUGCUUUAUCCUUUUAUUGCUUGAGAUGGGUCAUGCACCUUCGAUGUAAAUUUUGGAAGACAAGUUUACCAUUGUAAUCAUGAAGAGUUUGAAAAAGGAUUAAUGCAGUAAAUAUUCAAAAUUAAAUUAUCC